UUUUCGAUCUUCUAGAGCCCUGCAGCAAUUCCUGUUUUGCUUUGGUCUUCAUCUUUAUCACGCAUUUCGUUCGUCAUCUUCGGUCUUCACGUGUUGUUUAUUUCCAAUUCCGACGCCCCGAGAGCCUCCAUUCCGUCUAAAUGGAGUCGAAAUAUACCCUUCCGAGCAAAUCCCCGUUGAAAACUAUUGGUCCUAAUAUUAGGAAUGGAAUAAUACCACUCAAGAGAAAGCUUCCAGGUGGGGAGAACAAUGGCAAUGCAAAGAUUCUUAAGCCAAAUGGCGUAGCUGCACCUGCACUGGCCACCAACAAAGCAAAUGGACAUCAACAACAUCAGCCAAGCCCCUCCAAACCCUCGAAAAUGCAGUUAGAACAGCAACGUCAGGCGUUGCCUGUCACAGGCUGUAAGAAACGAUUGUUGGAGGAAAUACAUAAGACGGAUACCUUGCUGAUAAUGGGCGAAACAGGGUCAGGAAAAACAACGCAGAUACCACAGUUUCUUCUGGAAGCUGGCUUUGGUAAGAAGGGCAUGAUUGCUGUGACCCAACCACGUCGUGUAUCAGCCAUAACCAUCGCAAAGCGAGUUGCUCAGGAACAGCAAUGCCAGUUGGGUGAACUUGUGGGAUACACUGUUCGUUUUGAGGAUUGCACUACACCAAAGACACGUCUGCGCUUCAUGACCGAUGGGUUCCUUCUGCGAGAUUCUCUAGCAGAUAGUCUACUGCGAAAUUACAGUGUUAUCAUGCUUGACGAAGCCCAUGAACGUACCGUGAGCACAGAUGUUCUCUUCGGAGUUGUAAAAAUGGCCCAGCGCAAACGUAAACUGUUGAAUUUAGACCCACUUAAGGUAAUUGUUACAUCUGCAACGAUGGACAUCGAUCAUUUUGGUCAAUAUUUCGGUGUGAAGGGCAUGUAUUUGGAAGGCCGCACUCACCCGGUUCGAGUCAUGCAUGCCAAAGAGAGUCAGUCUGACUAUUUACAUGCCACGUUGGUCACACUGUUUGAAAUUCAUCGCAAUACGCCAUCCAACCAUGAUGUUCUGAUCUUUUUGACCGGCCAGGAAGAAAUAGAAGCAAUGGCACAGCAGAUAAGGCAAAUCGCUAAAACGAACCUUAGUUCAAUCGCUGGAGUUCGUGUGUUUCCCUUGUAUGCACAACUACCGCAAAAUAAACAGCUGGAGUGUUUUUUACCUGCACCUCCUAAUGCACGAAAAAUAGUCUUGGCCACAAACAUUGCUGAAACUUCUGUCACCAUACCAGGUAUUCGGUGCGUAAUCGAUGCUGGAUUUGUAAAACGUCGCAUAUACAGUCCCGCCACUGGUUUGGAUAUACUCAGAGUGGUAAGAAUUUCACAAGCCCAAGCUUGGCAACGAUGUGGUCGGGCUGGUCGAGAUGCACCAGGCACCUGUUAUCGUACCUACACCGAGCAAGAGAUGAAAAGCUUUGAGAAGAUGCCAACACCUGAAAUUUUACGUAGCAAUCUGUGCUCAACGGUACUUCAACUAUUGGCACUAGGCUUUGAUUGUAAACGUUUUGAAUUCCUUGAUAAGCCCCCAGCGGAGGCGUUGGAUGCUGCUUAUAAAAAACUUGAAUCCUUAGGAGCCAUCCAAAAUGUGGCUCCAAAACCGACAAUAACUGUAUUGGGAAGAAAAAUGAAUAGAUUUCCAAUAGACCCCCAAUAUAGUAAGUUGUUGUUGACAGCGUCUCAGUUCGGGUGUAUGGAAGAAAUGCUUAGCUUAGUAGCCGUUCUCUCAAGUGAGAAUAUCUAUGUUUCGAGUGUUGAAAAACGCGAACAAGCGGCAUUAGCCCAUGCGAAAUUCCACUCCAAACACGGUGAUCACUUAACACUACUGAAUGUUUUUAGUGCCUUCCUUAAGACUGAAAAAAUUAAGCUAUGGUGUCACGAUAAUUUCCUGAAUACCCGUAAUUUAUCAUACGCUCGUGAUGUACGUAAACAACUGCUGGACAUUGCUGAACAUUUGAACUUGCCCAUAAAUAGUUGCGGCGACAACUUCGAUCAAGUUCGAAAGUGUCUUUUAAUGGGGCUUUUCGACAACAUUGCCGAAUUACAACGGGAUAAUUUCUACUUGACCAUAACUGGUCGUCAGCGUGCCAAAAUUCAUCCCUCAAGUGUAUUUCAUGGAAAAUAUAGGCCAGAAUAUAUUUUAUUCUCCGAAAUAGUGUUGACGGAAAAGAACUUCUUACGACAAGUAACGGAAAUUUCGCCCGAAUGGGUAGCUGAAGUGGUUCCUAACUUUGCUCAUUUAAGUCGUAUUAAAGUAUCAACUUAGUCGCUGUAGAAAUAAAUUAUAGUAUAUAUUUGAAUAUAACUUUUAUAAUCAUAUGUUUUGUUAAGUUAUUUAUAAGUGUCUGUUUAGUAAUUGUCAUUUUCUUUUUUCAAAUCAGGUAAUCUACUAAAUUUAGUUAAGGUAAAUAAAAGUGAAAGUUGAUUUUUCAAAACA